CGUUCAUCGAGGACGGCCUGUUUCCGAUCGACCCGAAACGAGUGCCGGCCUGCAUGAACGGUGAGCUUGAGCUUCCUCUGAUCAACGAGUUUUGCACGCCUUUCGCAGCCAAACAACGGCGUUUUUCUCCGGAAGAACGACGCAUGAUCAGGGCAGAGAUUCAGCAGUUGGUAGACCGAGGAGUGAUCCGUCAAUCCAUGUCUCCUUGGGCUGCCCAGUGCUUGUGCGUCAAGAAGAAGGAUGGUACGCUGCGACUGUGCAUCGACUGGCGUGAACUCAACAAACUCUUGGUCUCCGAUAGUGGGGGUUUGGGUGACAUGCAGACGAUAUUCGACGGGUUGAAGGGCAAGAAGUAUUUCACUCAGCUAGACCUCGCCUCCGGUUUUCACCAGAUGGAAAUUGCCGAGAAAGACCGUUACAAGACGGCCUUUCGAGAUGCGGAUGGAAUGCUUUGGGAAUUUACGCGCGCGGGUUUCGGCCUGACGGUGCUUCCGGCGGCCUUUACUCGUAGAGUGAAAUCGGCUCUGGGGCAUCUAGCAGGCGUGUUUAGCUGGCUUGACGACAUUCUCAUCGCUAGCGACUCAUGGGAAGAACAUCUCGCCACUCUGACGCUCGUUCUGAACCGCCUUCUGGCUGCGGGGCUGUCCGUAAACUUCGCAAAGUGCCCUUUCGGCGCAGCAUCGCAGGAAUUCCUCGGCAUGAUCAUCGACAGCACGGGUCUGUACCCCGCUCCGUCUAAGCUAGAUGCAAUCGCACGCAUGCCUCGCCCACACACCGUGGAAGAGCUGCGCACGUUUUUGGGUCUUACCGGUUACUUGCGUCAGUUUGUACCCAACUACAGUUUGACUGCCGCUCCGCUCACCAACAUCCUGCGCAACAAAGCCUUCGCUUCGAAACGUGCACGCAAGCUUCCUAUCCCGUGGUCCGUAGCUGAGGAAGACGCCUUCCAGUCUUUACGAGAAACGUUGGCUUCCCCGAAGGUCCUUGCUUUCCCUGACCUUGAGCGUCCGUUCGAACUGCACACGGAUGCUAGCACGCUGGGUGUAGGAGCUUCGCUAAUGCAGACAAUCGAUGGUGUCACCAGAGCGGUGGCGUUCGCGAACCACCGGUUUUUGCAAACCGAUGCUAGACGCGGGCUCACGGAACGAGAAUGCAUGGGGGUCCUCUGGGCGGUAGACCACUUUCGGCCGUACCUAGCGGGUAGACGGUUCAAACUGGUCACAGACUGUUCUGCCCUCACAUGGUUGUUCCGGAGCCGUGAACUCUGCCCCAAGCUGCACAGGUGGGCGCUGCGGCUGAUGGAGUACGACAUGGAACUGGAAUGGAAGGCGGGGGUAGAGCACGUAGUGCCCGAUGCUUUGUCCCGGUUGCCUGUGGCGAACCCGGUAGAGGUCGACGUCGACGAUUCGUUCCCGGAUGAUCUGUCGUGUGCUGCAGGCGCUGCGGUAGAGAUUUAAGGACCGGAGUUGAAGGGUGUAAGGCUGGCUUAGUUGGACCCUGUGCAGGUAGACCAGGUAGGCGAUGCUGACUCCCAACCCUCUCACCCCACUCCGGAGGGGGCCGACUUCCAUCUGUCCGCCCUUCGAGCGUUGCCUUUCGCUGCAUGUGCGGCUGUAGACCAUGAGCCUGAUGCCCCCCGCCGCAGCGGCCGGACCCGUACCCCUUCGGUACGAUUACGACCGAUCGGCGACGCGCAGCUGCCCCCGACAAGUGUGCUGGAGGCCCUCCCGGACAGAGAGGUAAUCGGCCCCUCCGCGGUGCAAGCCUCAACUCCAGCGCCGUCGCCAUCGACACUGCCGCCGUCCCCCGUUAGUCCUGGCCACGACGACAUCGGUGAGUUGCUGGCGGCACGGGGGGAGGUUACGACGUCGUCAUCGAGCCACGCGUUGCAUGGAGCAUCAGCCAUCGAUCUGACAGCACGAGUGCUCACAAGGCCGUCCGAGCUAGCGCAUCGGCAACGAGUCGACACCCAUCUGAGUCAGGUUCGCAAGGUUCUGAGCAAUGUAGCUGACUCUAGCCAGGGGGGAAGUGAGCGUGACAGGUAUAGCCUAGGCACGGAUGAUGUGAUUCGGUACAACGAUGGUAAGGGAAGAAAACUGCCUGCUAUUCCAGUUGCCAUGGUAGCCGACAUCAUCGCGUUGGUACACACGCUACAUGGUCAUGCAGGAGUAGGAGCAACGCUGUCCCUUCUGCGCGAUCAUUUCCACUGGCCCACGAUGACGAACGACACUCGACACUAUGUGUUGGCAUGCGCCUGUCGUAGACGCAAGAGGCCGCCCAGCAGACGAGUAGCCAUGAUGCCAGGUAGACCGCUUGAGCCGUGGGACGAGUUGCAAAUGGACAUCCUCAAGAUCGACACACCAUCGAAAACGGGCAACAACUACGUCUUGCUCGUGGUAGACCGCGCCUCCAAGUUUCCGUUCGGGCUCCCGCUCAAGACCAAACAAACUGUGGGCGUAGCCAGAGUGGUGGUAGAGCUGUGCCUAACUUACGGAGUUCCAAAGACGGUACGCUGCGACGGAGGCCCGGAGUUUGGUGCAGAGGUGGUGAAGCACUUGUGCAGAUGGCUGCGGGCAAGCAUCGUGUUUGGUGCGGCUGAUCACCCUCGAGGCCAAGGGGCGGUAGAGAGACUGGGGGGAUGGCUACAGGAGCUGUUGGCUGAGCUGUGUAGAUCCUGGCCUGACCGAUGGGAUGAGUACGUUUCGCCUGCAAUGUGGAUCAAACGCACCUUGCCAGACACCUCGCUCCCAUCUAACAUGACCCCCUUCGAGCUCCUGUUCGGCCGCAAGCCUCGUACCUCGCUGGAUUCGUUAGUCCCUCUUACUGACGAGAUGGAUCAGGAACGGGGACUCGACAACUUCGUGGAGAGGCGCAAGCAAAAUCUUCGUGAAGUACGACUCGCCCUCGAGAAACGGCAGGAGCUUCGAGUUGCUGCACGCGCGAAAGCCAACGCCUCUAUCGAGAGGUCGUCAGCUGGAGUGGGGGUCAUGAAGGACAGCCUGGUGCUCGUGCGCGAGUCCGAGAGUAGUCGACAUCGCGACCACAGGGGAAGGAAGCUGCAACACGAUCUCUACACAGGACCAUGGAAAGUGACGGGGAUAAUCCAGCCUGGUCUCAGUGUAGAAGUCAUUAUGCAUGGUAGAAAGAAGCGUAGUCGAAGGGUAUCUACGGCCGAUGUGAAACCGUUCCACCUCCGAGAACUU